AUGUCUCUUAAACGCAAAGCAUCAUUCCCGAUAAUCGCCUCCUCCAAUGUGGAAUCCUUCAUGACAGGGCCGUCGUUGAUGAUGGAUGACUCUCCCAAACAUCUUGGCAGUCGGACGCGAAAACGCUUCAGGAACGAUCGCCCGGAGGAUAAAGUAGUAUACGAGAAUACCCUGCGCUGGCUGUUCUCUGCCCAGCAACAACAAGAGUCAGCCGCCCCUUCGCUAGACGAACACGAGAACAUGGAGCUGGAAUCGCUCCCAUCGUCCGAGAUCGUCGAUCCACGUCAACAAACCCUACACAAAUUUUUCCAGCUUUCUCAAUCUGCACCAUUUCAAUCUCGUUCGAACCAAAUCAACCGACAACCAUUGCAUAACUCACCGUCGAAUGAUGUUUUCUCACAACGCCGGGAUUUUGAUAUAAUAUCUACAGGCACUUCGAUUAGUCGCGACACGACUAGAGCGUCGUCUCAGGGUGCGGGCGCUCAUAUCGCCAUGGACACGGACUCUUGCAGCGAGGAAUCAAACCAGGAUAUUAGAAGAUGGGUGGGGGGAUACGGAUGGAUGUCAUGA